AGGAUGACGAUGACACAAAUGACAAGUGUGAUGUGGGACAAGAGAUCGGUUUCAUCCAGAACACAUUGCUGGGUGUCAGUGCCGGCCUUAAGCCAAUUGGACCAAUUUGUCCCAAUUGGGCCUAAGGGGGCCCCGCUCUAGAGUAAUCUACUUUCAGCUCGUCACGCGAGGGAAAAUGAAUAGGUAACGUUUUGGGUCAAGACCCUUCUUCAGGCUUAUUUCAGGCUUUAGAUCCUUUGCCAGAGGUGCAUAUGCCCAAAGUGAACUGAGGAGAAAUAUCAACCAUGAACAUUGAAUGGCAGAUCAGACAGGAGCGACAGGAGAGCAUCUUUAUAUAUAUCCUUCCCUCAGUAAUCAAACAGGCACCAUUAGCUUUUAGCAUCACUGUGCCGGUUCACAACUGAAGAUCAUUUCAGAGAUUUGCUUUGGAAGCUCACAAGGCCAUCACUUCUAUUGACGUAAAAUAUUUUUAUCAAAUAUCCAUUGACACCCUUGAGGCAAUCAAAACUAGUUAUUAAAUGUGGGGCAUUCUGAAUCUACAGCAUUGCAACUGCAGGGAAAGACGAUCAAUAAAUGUUCACAUUUAUCGACAGCUAAAUUAGGUGAAGCUGAAAUUAAAGGAUGUCGUAUUGUGAAAGGGGAAUAAUUUAAAGGGAUAGGUUGUUCACACAGAGGGUGGAGAGUGUCUGGAAUGACCUGCUGCUGGGGGUAGUUGGGGCAGGUACAAUUACAACAUUUAAAAUACAUUUGGACAGGUACACUGAUGGAAAACGUUUUGAGGGAUAUGGACCAAAUUCAGGAAGAUGGGACUAGCUCAGGAAGGGAUUUAUUCUGCAUGGAUGAGUAGGGCCAAAUGGCCUGUUUCUGUGCUGAUUGGUGAGCCCGCUACUUAACUGCAGUAUGAGUGGUCAGGUAGGACUGGGGUUGUUUGGAUAAGAUGAGUGCAGAGUCUUGAAGACAGGACCUCCCUGAGACCACUGAAACCAGGUAUAUCAUAAGAACAUAAGACAUAGGAGCAGAAUUAGACCCUUCGGCCCAUGGAGUCUGCUCCCCCAUUCGUUCCUAGAAACAUAGAAAAUAGGUGCAGGAGCAGGCCAUUCAGCCCUUCGAGCCUGCACCGCCAUUCAAUAUGAUCAUGGCUGAUCAUCCAACUCAGUAUCCUGCACCUGCCUUCUCUCCAUAUGCCCUGAUCCCUUUAGCCACAAGGGCCACAUCUAACUCCCUCUUAAAUAUAGCCAAUGAACUGGCCUCAACUACCUUCUGUGGCAGAGAAUUCCAGAGAUUCACCACUCUCUGUGUGAAAAAUGUUUUCCUCAUCUCGGUCCUAAAAGAUUUCCCCCUUAUCCUUAAACUGUGACCCCUUGUUCUGGACUUCCCCAACAUCGGGAACAAUCUUCCUGCAUCUAGCCUGUCCAACCCCUUAUGAAUUUUGUAAGCUUCUAUAAGAUCCCCCCUCAAUCUUCUAAAUUCUAGCGAGUACAAACCGAGUCUAUCCAGUCUUUCUUCAUAUGAAAGUCCUGACAUCCAAGGAAUCAGUCUGGUGAACCUUCUCUGUACUUUGUUCACAGCUGAUCUAUUUUUUCCUCUCAACCCCAUUCUCCUGCCUUCUCCUUGUACCCUUACUAAUAAAAAGCCUAUUGAUCUCCGUUUUAAAAAUACCAAAUGACUUACCCGCCUUGCCCUUCACUCUAACAGGGACGAGCAUGCCCUGAACUUUUGUCAUCACACUUCUAAAAGCAUCCCACUUUCCAGACAUUCCUUUAUCAGCAAACAACGUACUCCAAUCAACUUGGGCAAGUUCCUGUUGAGUACCAUCAAACUUGGCAUUACCCCAAUUCAGAGUUUUAACUCGUGAGCCCACGCUGUCUUUAUCCAUUGCUAUUUUAAAGUUAAUAGCACAAUGGUUGUCAGUCCCAAAAGAUCCACCCGCUGUCACCAGCCAUUCCCAAUUUCCUAAUAGAUCAAGCCUUGCCCUUUCCCUUGUAGGGCCUUCUACACAUUUCCUGAGGAAACUUCCAUGAACACAUUUAGAAACAUAGAAACAUAGAAAAUAGGUGCAGGAGAAGGCCAUUCGGCCCUUCGUUGCAGGAAUAGGCCAUCCAGCCAUUCAACAUGAUAAUGGCGGAUCAUCCAAAAUCAGUACCCCAUUCCUGCUUUUUCCCCAUAUCCCUUGAUUCCUUUAGCCCCAAGAGCUAAAUCUAACUCUCUAUUGAAAACAUCCAGUGAAUUGGCCUCCACUGUCAUCUGUGGAAGAGAAUUCCACAGAUCCACAACUCUCUGGGUGACAAAUUCUACCCGGACAAAGUCCUCAGCACCAUGACAGCCCAAGUCUAUAAUGAGAAAGUUAAAAUCCCCUACUAUGACAACGUCAUUAGCCUUGCAACUGCCUGCAAUCUUCCUGUCCACUUGCUCUUCUAGUUCCCAUUGACGAUUUGGGGGCCUGUAAAGUACUAUUUGUUGGUGUAUUUUACUCCACCCACCAGCUGUGAUGAUGAAGUUGAAGUAAGUUCUGCUUUCAUCUCUGGAGCACAGUGAGUGCGUGUAAAGUCAUGGAGAACGCGAACCAGGCAUGUGCUGCAAGUGCAGAUGUCAACUUUGACUACAACCCACCAGUAAUUCUUAUCACAUUCAUCCUAGGAUUGGCUGGAAAUGUAACUGCCUUGUGGAUCUUCUGCUUUCACGUUAAAUCCCGGAGACCAAACGUUGUGUACUCGCUAAACCUGAUGAUCGCUGACACUCUGUUGAUGUGCUGCCUACCUUUUCGAGCCCAUUAUUUUAUCAAAGGGAAGGACUGGAUCUUCGGUGAUGUGCCCUGUCGCCUAAACAUCUUCAUGAUCUCCCUAAACCGGGUUGGCAGCGUCAUCUUCCUCAUGGCCAUAGCCGUCGAUCGCUACUUUAAGGUGGUCCGCCCGUUUCACAAAGCCAACAAGAUAUCUCCAAGGUGUGCGGCGAUGUUAGCAGGAGCCCUGUGGGUCGUGGCAGUGGGGAUUUGUUUACACUUGUUGGUAGAGCCACACGACUUCCAUCCAAAUAACAUGACCAAGACCUACUGUGAACCAUUCAACAUAACCAACCCUCACCAGCUCAGCGCAAUUUGGACGGACACUGUGUUUAUAUUCUUUACGUUCAUUUUACCGGUCUCCGUUUUAGUUUUCUCCAGCUCCUGCAUCAUCUGGAAGUUAAGGCAGAUGGAGACUGAGACGAGGCGUAAAUAUAAAACGCACCGUGAAGCUUGUGAUAGCUGUGGUCGUGGUCUUUGUUAUUUGUUUCUUGCCCACCAACAUUGCCGUGGUCGCCGUUAUAGUUACAAUGCACAAAACCACAGACUGCAAGAAAUACAUCACCGCUCGUUAUACAUGAAAGAGGAAGAUCCACAGGGCCAUAGCAUUUCCAACAAAUCCCAGGACGAUGGUGACACAAAUGACAAGUGUGGUGUGGAACGAGAGGACGGUUUCAUCUCCAUUGUGUUACAGUCACACAUGUUUAAGAUGAAAGAGGAAAAUCCACAGAGCGAUUGCAUUUCCAACAAAUCCCAGGAUGACGAUGACACAAAUGGCAAGUGUGAUGUGGGACAAGAGAUCGGUUUCAUCCAGAACACAUUGCUGGGUGUCAGUGCCGGCCUUAAGCCAAUUGGACCAAUUUGUCCCAAUUGGGCCUAA